GACAGGAAUUCUAAUGAUGCUCUCGUUAUUUGAAGAGUUUUUCCUCCUGUAAGUAGGAAAUACAGCACACCAGUAACAUCAGAUUGUCCAUCAGAUUGUCGCGCUACAGCACACCAGUAAAAGCAUCCAAUGGUGCCAUGGCUGUGAUCUCGGGCAGAUUGGGCUGUGCUGCUGCUCGACCCCCACUCCUUGCUGCCCUCCCUCUUUUGUGGAUCCUACUCUAUAGACUAGUGGAGGCCCAAGGUCAGGGAUCUCGUCUGCGGCAGGAGGAUUCCCCACCGCGCAUCGUGGAGCACCCCUCCGACCUGAUCGUAUCCAAAGGCGAACCUGCCACCCUGAACUGCAAGGCAGAGGGGCGACCCACACCUACUGUAGAGUGGUACAAAGAUGGCGAGAGGGUGGAGACGGACAAGGACGACUCUCGAUCCCAUCGCAUGCUGUUGCCCACCGGCUCCCUGUUUUUCCUGAAAAUCGUCCAUGGCCGACGGAGCAAACCUGAUGAAGGGGCGUACGUCUGCGUGGCCCGCAACUACCUCGGAGAAGCCAUCAGUCGUAAUGCCUCGCUGGAAGUAGCAUUACUGCGGGACGACUUCAGACAGAACCCUACGGAUGUGGUGGUUGCGGCAGGAGAACCAGCAAUUUUGGAGUGUGUUCCCCCACGUGGCCAUCCGGAGCCAACCAUCUACUGGAAAAAGGACAAAGUGCGGAUCGAUGAGAGAGACGACAGAAUCAAGAUUCGGGGAGGCAAGCUAAUGAUCUCAAAUGCAAGAAGGAGUGAUGCUGGCAUGUAUGUCUGCGUGGGCACUAACAUGGUGGGAGAAAGGGACAGCGAGACUGCACAGGUCACUGUUUUUGAGCGGCCCACGUUCUCACGGAGGCCAAUUAACCAGGUGGUCCUGGAGGAGGAAGCGGUGGAAUUUCGUUGCCAGGCUCAUGGAGACCCACAGCCCUCUGUUCGCUGGAGAAAAGAUGACGUGGAUGUCCCGCGAGGAAGGUUUGAUAUUAGGUUUGAUAAGGAUGAUUAUGUACUGAGGAUAAAGAAGGCGUCAGCGGCUGAUGAGGGAACAUUCACUUGUGUGGCGGAGAACCGAGUGGGUAAACUGGAGACCUCCGGUACUCUCACAGUACGAGCACCACCACAGUUUGUGAUUCGGCCACGUGAUCAGAUCGUGGCACAGGGGCGCACAGCUACCUUCCCGUGUGAGACCAAGGGGAACCCACAGCCCGCUGUGUUUUGGCAGAAAGAAGGGAGUCAGAACCUGCUGUUUCCCAACCAGCCUCAGCAGCCCAACAGCCGUUUCUCUGUGUCGCCCAGUGGAGAUCUGACCAUCACAGGUGUGCAGCGUGCUGAUGCCGGCUAUUACAUCUGCCAGGCGCUGACCGUGGCAGGCAGCAUCCUGGCCAAAGCUCAGCUGGAGGUCUCAGACGUGUUGACCGACAGGCCGCCACCAAUUAUCCGGCAAGGCCCGGCCAAUCACACACUUGCUGUGGACGGCACGGCUCUGCUAAAGUGCCAGGCAUCCGGAGAACCUGUGCCCACUAUCAGCUGGCUAAAGGAUGGUGUUAGUUUGCUGGGCAAAGACCCACGCAUGUCACUGCAGGAGCUGGGCAGCCUUCAUAUCAAGAACAUACAGCUUUCUGAUUCUGGCAUCUACACAUGUGUUGCUGCCAGCUCUACAGGAGAAACAUCAUGGAGUGCUUUUCUGGAAGUAAAAGAGUCGGAUGGGACGGUGAUGAUGAAGGAUAAGAAUGAUGGUGAACUUUCUGGUCCACCCUCCAAACCUCAGGUCACUGAUGUCACCAAGAACAGCGUGUCUCUCUCCUGGCAGCCUGGUCUGGCUGGAGCUUCUCCCAUCACUUCAUACGUUAUUGAAGCAUUCAGCCAAUCUGUGAGUAACAGCUGGCAAACAGUGGCCGAUCACGUUAAAAGCACCCAGUUCACCAUUAAAGGUCUCCGACCCAACACCAUUUACCUGUUCAUGGUGCGUGCCGCCAACAUGCAGGGCCUGAGUGACCCAAGUCCAAUGUCCGAACCUGUCCGAACACAAGAUAUUAGUCCUCCUGCUAAAGGUGUGGAUCACAGGCAUGUACAGAAGGAGCUUGGAGAGGUCAUUGUUCGUCUGCACAACCCUGUGGUCCUCAGUCCCACCACCAUUCAGGCUACCUGGACUGUGGACCGUCAGUCUCAGUUUAUACAAGGCUACAGAGUUUUGUACAGGCAGAUGUCAGGACUGUCCCUACCAGGCCCAUGGCAGAGCCAGGAUGUGAAAAUCCCCUCAGAAAGAACUAUUGUGCUCACCUCACUGAAGAAAGGCAUAAUGUAUGAGAUCAAAGUUCGGCCGUACUUCAACGAGUUCCAGGGCAUGGACAGUGAAUCGAAAACGGCGAGGACCACCGAAGAACCUCCCAGUGCCCCGCCUCAGCAGGUGACUGUCCUCAUAGUGGGGAACCAGAACAGCACAUCUAUCAGCAUCUCAUGGGACCCACCUCCUGCCGACCACCAGAAUGGCAUCAUUCAGGAGUACAAGAUCUGGUGUUUGGGGAAUGAGACGCGCUUCCACAUCAAUAAGACUGUAGAUGCAGCUAUUCGCUCUGUGGUGGUUGGAGGUCUGCAGGUGGGAAUGCUGUACAGAGUGGAGGUGGCAGCCAGCACAAGUGCAGGGGUUGGGGUAAAGAGCGAGCCUCAGCCCAUCGUCAUCGGAAGGGACUUCAGAGAAGUGAUUGUGACUGGGGACAAGAACAACAGCAUCACAGAGCAAAUCACAGAUGUGGUGAAGCAGCCGGCCUUUAUCGCGGGCAUUGGCGGUGCCUGCUGGGUCAUCCUCAUGGGUUUUAGCAUCUGGCUGUACUGGAGGAGGAAGAAGAGGAAAGGUCUCAGUAACUAUGCUGUUCAGUCGUUCACCUUCACCCCUGCAGUGACGUUCCAGCGUGUUGAUGGAGGCUUGAUGAGCAAUGGAAGUCGUCCUGGUAUUCUAAAUGGUGGUGAGACACCUUAUCCUUGGCUAGCUGACUCUUGGCCAGCCACUAGCAUGCCUGUAAACAGCAGCUCAGGAGGACCCAGUGACCUUGGAAAUUUCGGCCGUGGAGACGUGAUGCCCACGGCUCAGGCUGAUAAGACGGGCACCAUGAUGUCAGACGGAGCCAUCUACAGCAGCAUUGACUUCACUACAAAAACAGGCUUCGGUAGUGCCAGCCCAGCAUCACAGGCCACCCCGUAUGCUACCACCCAGAUUCUCCACUCAAACAGCAUCCACGAGCUAGCGGUGGAUCUGCCUGACACUCAGUGGAAGAGCUCGUUGCAGACCAAGCAGGAAAUGGCUAACCUAGGCUACUCGUUACCUGACAAGAACUCCUGCAAUAACACACUCCUUUUCAUUCCCGACUACCGAUUGGCUGAUGGAUUGUCUAACAGAAUGCCGCACAACCACUCACAGGAUUUCAGCACCACCAGUUCCCACAAUAGUUCAGAGCGGAGCGGCAGUCUGUCAGGUGGAAAAGGAGGGAAAAAGAAAAAGACCAAAGGAGUGACGAAGGUCACCAAGGCCAAUGGCUCCAACUGGGCAAAUGUUCCUCUACCACCUCCUCCCAUCCAUCCACUGCCAGGAACAGAAAUGGACCUUUACCCCACAGAUCACCAUGGUGGUGGAGGUUAUGAGAGUGAUGGUUGGGGACACCCUCUUCCUGUGCAAACCUACCUGCAUCAGGGAUUGGAGGAUGAGCUGGAGGAAGAGGAAGAGCGAGUGCCCACGCCACCCGUCCGCGGAGUGGCCUCGUCUCCGGCUGCUAUGUCCUUCGGGCAGCAGUCAACUGCCACACUGACCCCAUCUCCCCGUGAUGAAUCGCAGCCUAUGCUGCAUGCACAUCUAGAUGAGCUUGCCAGGCAAUACCAGCUGGACAUGGCCAAGCAGACCUGGCACAUGCAUGGAGGCCUUUAUCCUCCUCAGGCACCUGCCCCUCCUGUGGGCUACAUGUCCAGCACCCUCAUAUCUGACAUUGAAACAGACCUACCUGAUGAAGUCGAGGAUGAUGAUGAAGAAGACGAAGGUUAUGAGAUGUCACCACCACCGAUCCGGGGCAUUGAACACACACCAGGCUCCAGCAUGGACAACCUAGACAGCUCUGUAACAGGCUCCAUGGUGAAUGGGUGGGGCUCAGCGUCGGAAGAGGAUGACAGGCCCUUCUCCAGCCACAGGUCCAGUGCAGGGAGCUCAUCCGAUGGCUUCCUGUACACCCAUUGCAGCUUUGAUCAUGCACUGGCCAUGGCCGCAGACAAAGCUGGCUACCGGCUGGAUGGCACCAGCCUCAGCAAGAGAGAUCAAUGCCUCGCUCUAAGACCUCGCCCCGCCAGUCCAUUCUCUACAGAUGGCAGCACUGUGGGAACACACAGCUUAGGCCACCAGCGGGCAGCACGACCUACGCGUAAACACAGAGGCCCAGGCACUGCUCAGCACCGCAGAGAUGGCAGUGCUGAUGACUUACCUCCACCUCCUGAGCCGCCACCCUUCCAGGUCCCGCGUGUCCAGGGACAAAGGAGUGUAGGAAGCAUGGGUAGCCCUGGUGAUCGGAAAGCCUCGUCUCUGGAGAGGCAGCACAUGGGCGGGCUGGGUGAGGUGAAGAGUUCUCUGGAAAGACAGACCCGCACAUCUCUGGAGCGCCACAGACAGGGUCAAGAGAGACUGGGCUCAAUGGAGAGAGCGGCACAGAGGAACGGCCCAGUCUCAGAAGAGGCAAUGCUUCCCUACAGCAAACCAUCAUUUCCAUCACCUGGGGGACACAGUUCUACUGGUACCACGUCCUCAAAGGGCUCAACUGGCCCACGGAAAGGAGACGGGUCACGAGGUCAUCACCAGCGUUCCAACACAGAGCAUCCCGACUCCAGUUACAUGGGGACCAAUGGCCAGGGACAAUACUCUGGAGAGUUAUAGUGAGCAGCCGUGGAUGUUCGAGUCGAAUGCCUUGACCUGCCCUGGAAGAUGCCUCACCCGCUCAGAGUAAUGGACUUGUACAGUGUCAGGAGGAAGAAACGAUCAUGUUUAACUGAAAAUGGAAACAAAAAAUUGUAAAUGUGAUGUAAAGACGGACUUGCGACUCACAAUGUUGAUUUGAUGUUUUCUGUGCAUUCAAGAACAAACAAAUCACCUUCCUUUUCUAAUAACACUUCAUUAAUCAUGCAGAAAAAAAAGAAAAAAAGAAAUCGUUGAAGUCACUUAACUGGAAAAAGGGAAAUGAAUUUCCUGUAUAUAUAUUGUCAGCAUUGAAAUUGUUGUUGCGUUGCUAUGCAAGCCGGUUUCUUUCGCCUCAUUGUUAGUCAUUUGUAUUAUAUGUGAAAAGCUGUGGUGCCAUAAAAACGGAUAUCCUUAUCGUCUGUCUUAUGUUAACACUUCUCUUGGGUUUGUAUUUAAUCGUUGUUCUUAAGAAUUAUGAUUAAUUAUUUUUGUUUGCACUGUAAUUUUGGUGAAAAGCACAAAAACCACAGCUCCUGCUGACAUGAAGCACCGGGGGGAGGAGAAGAUGGUAGAGGAGUUGCUGUACUGUAACUAGAGAGAAAAAAGUUUAUAGCCAUGUACAGAGAUAUAUUAAAUACACCUGCAUCAUCGCAGGAUUUGUGAGGCAUAGUUGCACGCUAACUGUUAACAAUGGGGUUCUCCUGAGGCUAUGAUGGAGGGUGGCAUCCUCUUGAUACCAGAGAGAUGGUAUAUAAACGAUUGGUUUGAAUUUUAUAGUGUGUGGUGUCAGACCCUGUUUCAAUUAGUCAAACCAAAUGUGGUCACAUUUUCAAAAAGCCCAACUGUCUGUUGAGUGCUAUUCAAAUCUAAUGUUCUUUGUUUAGUUUUUCUUUGUUCUUCUGAAGUGUGGGAUAGCAGACUGAACUUCUUUAAGAUUGGUUGUACUUAGUCUGUUUCUAGUUUUUGUUUUUUGUUUGUCUGUGCUUCUCCGAUCAAUAUUUCACCACUUCUGCAUCCAUUAGACAGCAAAUGUCAGGUGGACAAUGUGAGCAAUGCUUCUAGAUAAUGAUUUCUGAAUAGGGUUUCUCUCUGGUCCUGGCUUCGUCAGUCAAAUAUGUUUAAACUAUUUAUGAUUAUUGUUUUUCGUAUUUUUUCUAUAGUGACUUCUCUCAAAGACGGAACCUGAGCACUUAAAACAAGAGCAAUUUAAAAGCCAUAUGAACAAUAAUGUUUUUGUGUCUUGAUUCUGUAAAUCGAUGAGAAUAAAUCUUCUGUUUCAGUGCUUUUGUAAGACCAGAGGUGUGUGUCAACGAAAGUUCGUUGUUUGUAGUCUGAGACCCACACAAAACGUUUUUUUUUUUUUUUUUAAUUAUCAGAAUUAGUAAUCUAGUACUGUACAAAAGUCUUGGGCACACAACAUUUAAUAUAAAGUUCUUGUAGAAUCUGUAGAAAAGUACAAAUGCUGGAAUUGCCAACAUUAUUCUUUUCAUCUAAUAUUUAAGAAAUGCAUGCACUUUAGGACUUCUGUCAAAUAAGGCUUUGGCAUUUGGAAGGUUUAAACUACCAUCUUUAUUAGGGCAAACUCUCUGUAAUGUAGUUUUAAGGCAAAGUGCUCACAUUUCAUUUUAUUUUGUCUUUAUUUAAUAUUUAAUAUUAUUUUAAUAUUUGUUUAUUAGAUUAUAUAUAACUUUCAAAUGGUGUUUCAUUUUUAUGUGCCUAUGACUUUUGCACAGUGCUGCAUAUCCUACAAAAAUGAUUUAUCAAUUCAUUUAUCAAGCAUUAGUUCCUGUCCAAAUAAAUUUACAUUAAAAAUGCAGGUUUAUUCUGAUUUCCAAUCACUUGUAUCUUUCUGUUACAUAUAAAACGAAUGCAAAAUAAUUAUAAAUCUAAUCAUAUUUAUUUUUAAAGCACUUAAUUUAUUGGACUUGCAUCCCAUAUGAUGAUCUUUAUGAUUAGGUUCAUAUCCCAGAUCCUCAAUUGUUUCCAGAUUAUUUACAGUCUUCAGCUAUGCAGAGAACACUGUAAUGCAUCGUUACGCAGUUACAGUAUUUCUAUUUCUAUUAAUUCUGAUUAAGUGGUGUAGAUUUAUAAGAGGAGUAACCUGAUACAUUAGCAUGCUUGGCAUUUGCUAGCAAUUAUCGAUACUAUGACAUGUUACCAUCUUACUAAUGUAUGUCAGAACGUAUAUGAGGGCAGUUUUAACACUGGUAGGUUUUACCGGAUCUUCAGUAAUCAGAACCACAUCAGGUGAACUCCAAAAGAACAAAUCUGCAGACACGGUUUUCACUGCCUAUCUCUAUUUACAAUGCAGACCAAUAUAAACAUUUCACUUACCUUUUACAGACCACAACACAUGUGGAAUUGUUAGUUUACUUGUUUUAUGUUCUUUUCUUCUAGUGAUUAGAAUUAAUUUAUGUAAAAUUGUACAAAUGGAAUGUUUUUUUUACUCUUGAGCCUUCAGGAGAAAUCUGGUACAAUGACUGUUUUUGGUUCUGGUUUUUAUUUUUAUAUGAAUGAUGUUGCUGAAGAAUGCUUUAGAGCUUUCUCUGACCUGAGUGUUGUCAUGUCGUAUCCAUGUUUCUCUCCCAGCCCCAUCCUUUCAGUUACAGUGUCCAGUUAUUUGGAAAAUGAGGUGCAGAGAGUAUCUCAGGUUAUUUUUCAUAUAUUUCGGUGGUUUUAUGUGAGUGUGUGUAUAUAUGUGUAAAUAUUCAUAUGUAUUCUCACACAGACCGUCAUUCUGGGGUUACUAAUGAAAUGUGUCCAAUGGGCCUUUUAUUGUAGUUUUUUUGCCUCUGUUUAUGGUGGAUUGCCAUGCCUUGUAUCUCAUUGGAAGAUGUGCCGGUACACUUUCUGUCCAUAUGUUCAUAAAACAAAGAUGUCAGUUACAGAACAUACCAAAAUUAAUAUUGAUAUUCCUAAUGUCUAAUACAUUCAGUGUCUUUUUUAAUGCUAAUGUUUUUUUUUUUCUUCUUAAAAACAGUGUUGUUGUUUUUUUGUAUUUAUUAAAACAAUAAAGGUAUAUUGUGAAAAUUCUUAACCAUUGUGGAAUAUGAAAUGUUUGUUUUAUUCUUAGAUUUGUGCCACGGUCGGCCAUGUCAGAUGCAUUGUUUCUUAAUCUGUCAUUGGUGGAUAUACUUUACUUUUGGCCAUUUGCAGACAAUAUGAAAUCACUGGAAAUGCUGUUAUUUACACAUUUGUAUGCCUACCCAAUGUGUGAGGAUCAGCCAUGCUGUUUCUUAUCUGAAUUUGCUCAAAGUAAGAAGAAAAUAACAGUUGAAACAAAAACAAAAACUAAACUGUUAAGUGAAAAGUGUACAGAAAACUCAGUUUUACAUUCAGUUGUUUUUCCUCUGAACAAAGCGUCUAUCUUCACUUGCAUGUCCUUGUUCAAGAACAAAAGGGACCAAAUGGAGAGAGAACAAACUUGUCCUAUUCUCACUUUUAUGUUCUGUAAAAUAAAAUCCAGAGUUUCUUUGCUUCCCUUGUACCUGGAUCACAAAUAAAAAUAUUUUUGAAAAAUGAA